AUGGAGGACACAUCGAUCCCGACAGAGAAUUAUGCCUACGUCAUGAAAUCACUGGGCAAGCUUGAGCUGCAAAAGAGAAGUCUUCCCGCUGCACCAGGGCCAUUUGAUGCUAUCGUGGCGCCUAAAAAGACUGGGCUUUGUGGUUCGGAUAUGCACAUUUUCUUUGAAGGAAGGGCCGGCGAGUCAGUCUUUGACGAGCCUUUCGUGCUAGGCCAUGAAUCCGCGGGUGUUGUAGCCCAAGUGGGAUCUCGGGUCACAUCACUCAAAGUGGGUGACAGAGUAGCCAUGGAGCCGGGUUUGGCGUGUCUUCGGUGCGAGUUUUGCAAGAGCGGCUCUUAUGGGCAGUGCGGUUCUAUGCAGUUCGCAGCAGCGGACGGAUACGAUGGGACGCUUCAAGGAUUUUACACAAUUCCUGCAGACGUCUGCUACAAACUUCCAGGUAAUGUAUCCAUGGAGGAGGGAGCUUUGGUUGAACCUCUUGCUGUUGCCGUUAUGGCAAUUCAUAGCGUCGCGAAAAUGGCACAUAACGCCAACGUUGCAGUGUUUGGUGCUGGACCUGUCGGCCUUUUAACGAUGGCGGUAGCAAAGGCUCUCGGUGCUCGUCGCAUUCUGGCUAUUGAUGUGAACAAGGACCGUCUAGAAUUUGCAAAGACAUAUGCUGCGACAGAUGUUCAUCUUUCAAUUCCCAAAAAAGAUGGAGAGGACAACUCAACAUACUCGAAACGACAUGCGGAACACAUUAUGGAGAAAUUCGGCUUCGGCGAGAGGGGAGAAGCCAUCGACCUCGUUGUGGAAUGUGCCGGGCCUGAGGUCUGUGUGCAAACUGGAAUCUGGCUGGUCAAGCGUCGUGGCAUGUGUGUCCAGGUUGGUGCCGGACCGGCACAUCUCACCAUUCCCAUGUCCAUCUUCGUCAACAAAGAAGUUAAACUCAUUGGAAGCCUGCGGUAUGGCCCUGGCUGUUACUCGUUGGCCAUUGACCUUGUCCGCCAAGGCCGUAUCAAUUUGAAGCCACUUCUGACCCAUCGGGUGUCUUUCAAUGAUGCAGAUAAAGCAUUCCACAUCACAAAAGCUGGCAGAGGAGAGGAUGGGAAAAUGGUCAUCAAGACAAUAAUUGAUGGACCCCCCCCUGGAUUUUAG